AUGGAGUCGGACAACGAUAUAAACAGCCACUAUAACAAUGUAUGUGAUUCAUUUGAUAGUAUGAAUUUAAAAGAAAAUCUUUUACGUGGAAUUUUUGCAUAUGGUUUUGAAAAACCUUCUGCAAUACAACAAAGAGCCAUAAUUCCGUCAAUUGAAGGACGUAAUGUUAUAGCUCAAGCUCAGUCGGGUACCGGGAAAACGGCCACAUUUAGUAUUGCCAUUUUACAACAAAUCUGCACGAAUGAUCCACGUUGUCAAGCUUUAGUACUGGUUCCAACUAGGGAAUUAGCGAAACAAAUUCAAAUGGUUGUUCUAGCACUUGGUGACUAUAUGAAUAUUAGUUGUCAUGUUUGCAUCGGUGGUACACAAGUAUCAACUGAUAUCGAACAGUUAAAGUUAGGCCAACAAAUUGUAGUUGGUACACCUGGACGUGUUUUCGACAUGAUUAGUCGUGGUUAUUUACGUACAAAGACAAUUAAAUGUUUUGUAUUGGAUGAAGCAGAUGAAAUGCUUAGUUUAGGAUUUAAAGAUCAAAUUCAAGAUAUAUUCCGAUCACUUGAUCCAGCUGUUCAAAUUAUUUUAUUAUCAGCAACAAUUCCUGACGAAGUAUUAGAAAUAUCAAAACAAUUUAUGCGUAAUCCAGUACGUAUUUUAUUAAAACAAGAAGAAUUAACAUUAGACGGUAUACGUCAAUUUUAUGUUAAUGUUGAACAAGAAGAAUGGAAAUUAGAAACACUAUGUGAUUUAUAUCAAUCAAUUACAAUAACACAAGCAGUAAUAUUUUGUAAUUCACGCAGAAAAGUUGAAUGGUUAACAAACGAAUUAAUUGAACGUGAUUUUAUUGUAUCAGCAAUGCAUGGUGAAAUGGAACAAAUAGAACGUGAUAAUAUUAUGACAGCAUUUCGAAGUGGUUCAAGUCGUAUUCUAAUAUCUACUGAUCUAUUAUCACGUGGUAUUGAUGUACAACAAAUUUCAUUGGUAAUUAAUUUUGAUUUACCAACAAAUUUAGAAAGUUAUAUACAUCGUAUUGGUCGUGGAGGUCGUUUUGGUCGUAAAGGUGUUGCUAUCAAUUUUGUUACAUUAGCUGAUGAACGUUUAUUAAAAGAUUUAGAAAAAUUCUAUAGUACAAAAAUUAGUGAACUUCCAAUGGAUGUAGCUAAUUUAUUUUAG